AUGUUAACUGAGGACUGUGGAGUCUGCGGUGAAGCUCUUGGGUCGUCUGCCAUUCUUCUGAGCGUUACACGGUCUGAUGUUGGGCGACAAGAGAAAAGCGGCUCAUCGGUCAACCGAAUGCAGGACGCGUUCUCCGCCAUCGGUCAGAACGCGAACCUGGACCUGCCGCAGAUCGCGGUGGUGGGCGGACAGAGCGCCGGGAAAAGCUCCGUGCUCGAGAACUUCGUGGGGAAGGAUUUUCUCCCGCGCGGCUCUGGCAUCGUCACACGCCGUCCGCUCGUCCUGCAGCUCAUCAACUGCCCCACAGAAUAUGCUGAGUUCCUCCACUGUAAGGGGAAGAAGUUCACGGAUUUCGAUGAGGUGCGUCAGGAGAUCGAGGCGGAGACGGAUCGAGCCACAGGCCAGAAUAAAGGCAUCUCUCCCGUGCCCAUCAACCUGCGCGUCUACUCGCCUAACGUGCUGAACCUGACUCUGGUGGAUCUGCCGGGAAUGACUAAAGUGCCGGUGGGAGAUCAGCCUGCAGACAUCGAGCAGCAGAUCAGAGACAUGCUGAUGCAGUUUGUGACCAAAGACAACUGCCUGCUGCUGGCCGUGUCGCCCGCUAACUCCGAUCUGGCCAACUCUGACGCCCUGAAGAUCGCCAAAGUCGACCCGCAGGGUCUGCGGACCAUCGGUGUGAUCACUAAACUCGAUCUAAUGGAUGAAGGGACCGACGCUCGGGAAAUCCUGGAAAACAAGCUGCUGCCGCUGCGGAGAGGUUACAUGGGUGUGGUGAACCGCAGCCAGAAAGACAUCGGCGGGAAGAAGGAUAUUAACGCUGCUAUGGCGGCGGAGAGGAAGUUUUUCCUGUCUCAUUCCAGUUACAGACACCUGGCCAACCGCAUGGGAACGCCGUUCCUGCAGAAAACCCUCAACCAGCAACUGACCAAUCACAUCCGUGACACGCUCCCUGCGCUGCGCGCUAAACUGCAGAGCCAGCUGCUGUCCAUCGAGAAGGAAGUGGAGGAAUACAAGAACUUCCGUCCGGACGAUCCGUCUCGGAAGACCAAAGCCCUGCUGCAGAUGGUGCAGCAGUUCUCUGUGGAUUUCGAGAAGCGCAUCGAGGGUUCUGGAGAUCAGAUAGACACGUAUGAGCUGUCUGGAGGAGCCAGAAUCAAUCGCAUCUUCCACGAGCAAAAUGAAAACAAUGGAAAAACCCUUAAGAUGGAGUUUAAUGAGAAGGAGCUGCGCAAGGAGAUCAGCUACGCCAUCAAGAACAUCCACGGCAUCAGGACAGGCCUGUUCACCCCCGACCUGGCCUUUGAGGCCAUAGUGAAAAAGCAGAUCCAAAAGCUAAACGGGCCGUGCCUGAAAUGUAUAGAUAUGGUCGUGAGCGAACUCGCCUCCACCAUUCGCAAAUGUAGUGAGAAGCUGGCCCAGUAUCCCAUGCUGAGAGAGGAGAUGGAGCGGAUCGAACCUUCUGGAGUGCCUUAUCCAUCCCUGGCAGUCCUCUGGACUCGUGUCCUCACAUCCGGCACGCAUGGCUUCCAAAAGAGACAUUUGGUCAUGUGGGUGGUGAUCAAACACUUUCCACCUCCAGGCAGAGAAAAACUCCUCUAUUGGGUUGAGGAAGGUGCCCAGCAGAGAAGCAGUCAGAUGAACAAGAAGAAAGCAGCUGGUAAUCAGGGCCUGGAUGAAAUCAUGGUGAUCAGGAAGGGCUGGCUGACCAUCAAUAACAUUAGCAUCAUGAAGGGCGGCGCUAAGGAGUACUGGUUUGUCCUGACGGCCGAAUCACUGUCCUGGUACAAGGAUGAUGAGGAGAAAGAGAAGAAGUACAUGCUACAGGUGGACAAUCUGAAGCUCAGAGAUGUGGAGAAGGGCUUCAUGUCCAGCAAACACAUCUUUGCCCUGUUCAACACUGAGCAAAGGAACGUGUAUAAGGACUACCGUCAGCUGGAGUUGGCCUGCGAGAGUCAGGAGGAUGUGGACGGAUGGAAGGCUUCGUUCCUGCGUGCCGGCGUCUAUGCUGAGCGCGUGGUGGAGAAGGAAAAGAGCGACGCUGGAGACGAGAACGGUUCGGACAGUUUCAUGCACUCCAUGGACCCUCAGCUGGAGAGGCAGGUGGAGACCAUCCGAAACCUGGUGGACUCCUACAUGAGCAUCGUCAACAAGACUGUACGAGACCUGAUGCCCAAGACCAUCAUGCAUCUGAUGAUCAAUAAUGUAAGCUCGUCUGUAGCAGAGAUGCUCAAGUGGUGAAAGGUUGUUACUUCAAACCCCACAAGGGUUGAUUCAUGAAAUAUCAUCAA